AUGUCUUCCACUGUGGACUUCCAUUCCUCCUUUUCGACACUGGGAGUUCCAACCAUCGACCUGACUGAGGAUCACCCGUUGAAGGCCCUUGAAAGCCAAACCUCGGGAUCCUCUCGGACUGUUCCUAUUCGGAACGGUCUACCAACCCCUCCUCACGAUAUGACCGGCGUCACCUACAAUGCCAUGCCACCUAUCGUAUAUGGGGGGAAAACGAACGGGGUGCCCUCUCACCUUUACGGCCAUUCUCGCCCCCAAUUCGAUUCCAUUUCCUCCUCGAUGAUGGCCAUGAAACCGCAAAGCCACACUGCGACUAAAGUAGCCCCUGCAACGGAACCAACUGCUCAGAAGAAGUCAACGGGUGGAACUGGAUCGCAACUCCGCAUUCCUUCAUCUAUCAACAACAGCAAGGGUAAUCUGGCCGAGUUUGCAGCUCAGAUGACCUGUCUAUUCUGGUUCGAAAAGACCUCGAAAUUGCAAGCCAUCGAAGACCGCCAACAUCCCGUUCCUUCCCUGGUCGCCGAGGCCGCACCCACCGUCGGAUUUCAGAAAUGGGUUGCCACAAUCCUCUCCACAACGCAAGUCAGCCAGAACGUCAUUCUACUGGCCCUUCUCUUUAUCUACCGCCUGAAGAAGUUCAACUCUGGGGUCAAGGGCAAGAAAGGCAGCGAAUUCCGGUUGAUGACGGUUGCGUUGAUGCUCGGCAAUAAAUACCUCGACGAUAACACUUACACCAAUAAGACGUGGGCUGAGGUAUCGGGUAUUGCGGUGCACGAGAUUCACAUUAUGGAGGUCGAGUUUUUGAGCAACAUUCGUUAUGAUCUGUUCUCCUCCGAGGCCGAAUGGUCCCGGUGGCACACCAAGCUGGGACUCUUCGGGGACUACUUCAACCAGGCAUCGAUGCUACCCGUCGAGUCAGCCGCCAUGCUCCGUGUUUCGCCUCCCCGCGUGCAAUCGCUGUCGCCAUUAUCAAAGUUGCCGUCGCCUGGCACCGAUGCCUUCCGACCCCAGUCACAGCCCAAUUGGUAUAUGCCACCUAAUGGAUUGUCAUACUCGCUGCCGCCACAACACAUGGGCGGCGAGGCUGCGAUGGGAGGCUCUCGGAAACGAAGCCGCGACGAGAACGAUGAGCUUCACCCGACCAAGCGGCUUGCGCUGUCUUCCGCCACAUCUGCUCCUUCGAUGACGGACCCGGUGACUGCCAUGAAUGCGAUGCCCACCCUGCCACCCGUCUUGACUCCCACUUCUGUCCCGGUGGCACCGAUGAACGUUGCUCGUCUUCCACCUCCUCACCAUCCGCCUCCCCUCCCAACCUCCUACCCCGCGCCUCAAACGCUCCCUCCCACAGCACCUUCCCACCUUCCAGCUAUUAUGCCUCCUAUCUACAAUCGGCCGGCGAACUGGCAGCAGAUGCCUCCUCUCUCCGUGCCCCCGAUGUCAUCUAGCAUGUACACCACCCCUUCACUGCCAGAACUAGGCCGGCACCACCAGAGUCCAUUCGGCGUGUCUUCUGCCACCGUCUCGCCGGCUGGUUCAGCCUAUUCCGUCCACACCCCGCAGACACACCUCUCUCCUUCCUUCUUCCUCGCCAACCGCAACUCGCCUUACCGGCCAGUGCGUUCCGUCAACACCUUGCUGAUUCCACCUCCGUCAAGCUCUCUACAGCAGCAGCGCAAUGUUCCGUUUGACCAUAUGCACUACCAGCCGCUUGGAAAGGGUCACACUUCUCGCAAGACCGGCCUGCUGCCCUACAUCCAGCCUGACGCGUGGAACCAAGCUCCUUACCUACACCCUAUCUACCCACCCACCGAUUACUCCGGUUGA